AUGUUUUACUACCCGGCUGUUUUAAACCGUCGCUCAGGAUGUUUCUCUACCAUCUGGCUGGUCGCCACGAAAGGCAUCAAAGUUCCUCGCAGGGAUUUCCUGAAAGUCAACGUGAAAAGGACUUGUGAUGACAUCAUGAACUACGUGCUGGAGAAGGUCGCCCCGCCUCAACCCGGCCUGCCGCCACCCCGCUUCUCCCUCUACCUCUCCUCACAGCUGCAGUACGGCGUCGUCCUGGUCUACCACCGGCAGUGCACCAUCUUUCUGGAGGAACUCCGGUCCAUUCUAGGCCAGCUGUUGAAACAAAGAAGCUCAGGGAAAACCGAUCUUUCCGUCAAAAGCAAGUCAGCUGCAGUUCUGCCUGAUGCCCUGGUUCUCAUGGAGGACACAGAAGGAGCUCCGGAUCCUUUAUUUGGACAGAUGCUCCUCCAGGACACAUUGCCCAGCCCGACGCAGCUCAUGCAGAUGAAUUGGGAAACUCUGCAAGAAUCCUUUCCUGAGCAUCAGGAACGGAGCAGCUCGGCUACUUCUGCUUCUCCACAUCUGGAAAAUGGCAUCUCCGCUUCCCCAGAAUCCAUCACUCUGAGCGAGCCGGUACCCACCGCUGCCCCCGCCCCAGAGUUUGAUGAGGAGGACUUCAAUGAUUAUCUUCCAGAAACUCUUGAUUUACUCCUGGACCAACCGGAUCACUUCCAAGAAGGAGGUUUGGAGCAAACACGAGGAGAGAUGAGACGGGAGGAGAGAGAGAAGACGAAGAAAAUGACUCCAUCCAUCUCAGACCUGCAGCCGCCCACCGUCUCCGGCAGCCCUGAGCUGCUGCCUGUGGAGGAGCCGGGCCCCUCCGAGAAAAGAGACCAGGUCACCCCGGUGUCAGCGCCCGGCGUCCCCUCACCGCCGUCUGCAGCGCAGCGACAACGCAGGUGCCCCGAGUCAGAGGUCCAAAAAGAGGUGAAAAAGAGGAGGAGGAGGCAGCUGGUGUUCUUCGAUCCGGAGACGCAGCUCUCAGAGACGGAGCAGCAGGAGCAGAUUGAGGAUCCUCUGACUGAGACCAGAGCGAUGGCCAUGGCCCCGCCUCCCUCUCACAGAGUCAUUCCUGCCGCCGAGCUGCUCAGCAAUCCCUGCAGCUUCUUGCCUGAGGAGAUUCUGUCUCUGUGGAGACGGGCGGCGGUCAUAACGGCGCUGUCGGGGCCUGACCUGCAGGUCGGGGACAGGGGGCCCGAGUCCACCGACUCGGAGCGCGGGCGAGAAGGGGAGGGGAUGCAGGAGGCGGCAGCAGAGGAUCAGAGAGACGGUGAAAUUUCCAUCGAGGUCCAGAAAGGAAUGGAGGAAUCUGAACUGAUGAGAAUUUCAGCCCCAUCUCUGGAGGGAUUGGACCAGCGGGAGACGUCUCGAGACAUUUCUCCUUUGUACACAUCUGAGAGAGAAGGGUCCACCAUCUCCAUGGUGCUGCAGGACAUCCCAGAAGCGGUGGAUGAGAGGACUGAAGAGUUGGCAGUAGAAUCCCCUCGGUUGCUGCCGGAGUUGGCGGACUUUGAAAACGAGCCGGUGCUUUUUCAGUCGGUUUUACCGUCCGGCGCCAGCCGCAGAACCGUCAGCUGCAUGUUUCAGAGGCUGCUGGAGAAUUUAUCGUCCCAGAGGAUUUCUGCAGAGCAGGAAGAGCCGUACAGAGACAUCGUGAUCCUCCCUGGACCCAGAUAUGAAGAACUGGAUCUGCCUUCAUAAUCUGCUGCCAGCUGAGACUCUGAGGAUUUCUGAGUUCACCUAAUAAUUCUGUUUUCAACCACUGCGUAGUUUUAAAAGUUGCAUGAUUUCUAAUUCAUCCGUUUAUCAUGUAUUACCAGAAUGAGUUUUGUGGUUUGAAAGUUCUUUUCUUGAUUUAGCAAUAGAUUUGCAUCAGUUCUCCGAGUUCCUGGUGGUUCUCGCAGGUUUUACGAACGACGUGAGAUUCAACAUGAAUCCUAAAUUUGAUUUUAUUGUUCCAGUGUUUAUAUUUGAAAUCAAAGCUCCCCAGUUCUGUGUUCCUUUCAACAAUAAAAUGUAUUUUUGCUGAAUUUGUGCUGAUUU